UUGAUUAACUUCUAAAGAGAUAGAAAUGCUCUCAGAACAAUGGUAAUUUUUAACAGGGAAGCCUAGACUACAACGUUUAGGAACAAAACAUGACGUCUCACGCUCCGAACCUUGUAAAUUUGAUGGAUAGGGAGAGGACUGGAUCUAGGAUGAAUCUCCGAGAAUUAUAUCUGAAGGAGAAAUGGAGAAACGCAACCCGUCUCGACUCAUGUGAUCUUCUUAGUCACUAUGGUUGCGUGAACGCUGUAGAGUUCAGCAGGGAUGGAAACUGGAUGGUUUCGGGUGGAGACGACAGACGUAUUCUGGUUUGGAAUAUGGAUCAAGCAUUAAACGAUGGUGGAUAUAAGUCUGUUAUGGAUGCGGAACACAGGUCCAAUAUAUUCUGCCUGGGGUUUGAUAAUGAUGGAAGAAGAGUUUAUAGUGGAGGAAACGACGAGCAGGUUAUAGUUCAUGAUAUAGAAACCCUCCAACCUCUAGACUACUUUCUACACGAGGAACCGGUCUACAGUCUCUCAGUGCACCCGGAGAACCCGGACCUGUUCGCUACAGCCUGCUCUGAUGGUAGAGUUCUCCUCUUUGAUAUGAGACAGAACCCUAGUGAGGAUCCAUUGAUGAUUGCUGGAUUCUCACAUGCAUUUCAUUCUGUUCAAUUUAACUCCGUAGAACCAAGGCUUCUUGUAGCUGCAAACCAGAAGCAUGGAAUUGGUCUCUGGGAUAUCCGCAACCCAAGGAGUUGUGCGCUAAAGUACGAAUCUAGAUCUAGUAUGCAUGUCAGAUUUAAUGACGCCGGAAAUAAACUCAUCGGAUUAAGACGAAGAAUGCCUCCGAUACUGUUUAAUAUAGAGAGUCCGGUUCCGGUUUGCGAGUUUGAUAAUCCUGGAUACUACAACAGCUGUACGAUGAAAAGUUGUAGUUUUGGUGGACCUAAUGAUGAGUUCGUAUUGUCAGGUUCAGAUGAUUUUAAUCUUUAUAUGUGGAGAAUACCCGAUGAUGGAGACGAGACUAGUUGGCAGGAUCGAGCUCACCUAGUUCUCCAGGGGCAUAGAUCAAUAGUAAACCAGGUUCGGUAUAAUUCACAACGUUCUGUUAUAGCAUCAUCAGGGGUAGAGAAGAUUGUUAAGUUCUGGUCCGUUAACUCCUUUCCUCAAGGAGAGGAUAAGAAGAUGGGAGAGAAAAGAGCAGUUUAUACUCAUGAAGACUAUAUUGGACUAGUCCUCAGAUCCGAAACGAUAGUACCUACCGAGUUCUCACAGUCUCAAACAACCACGGAGAACCCGAGGAUGAUGGCAUUCUUUGACAGUUUAAUCCAGAGAGAGAUCGAGGGUUGGGACAGUCAGGAUGAUACGGAGUCUCAAAGUCCUCCAAGUGCAGAUAGUAAUAACAGUGAAACCUCUGAGACUGGGUUCUCUGAUUUCUCGCCGCGAGCAAACUCCUUCGGUAGUAGGAGAAGACGAUUGAUGGAACGGAUAUCUGUGAGUAUAGCUGAUGAUCUAGUGAGGGAGGAUAGAUCUAUAGCUGAGGCCAGGAAUACAGUUGGAGAUCCUUUAAACAGUUCACAUGAUUCUACAGAUACAAGUAUUCUAGAUUCUUCAACCUUGGACACCUCAGCAGAAACUAUUCCGAGCUCGUAUCCUGCAUCGGAAGAUAUCCGUGAACCGCCCCGGAACCGUAUAGCGGAACUGAUUGAACGGAAGCGAGCCCGCCUAGUAAAGAUUGCAAAGAGAAGAGGGAAGCGACUACGCCGUCUGAACGAGAGUGCUGUAAACCGAAGCUUGGAGAAUGCAAGAAGAAUAGUCCGACUGUCACAGAAUAGCAGUUCUGAAGAUGGGGAUGAAUUAGAAGAGCAGAACUUGAACCUAUGUCUAGAUCCGUCCAAGAUUAUACAAACCCUGAGUGAUGAUGGGAGCUCUGCUGGACGGAUUGAACUAGGAGAAACUUCGACAGAACCCUCAGAUAAUAACAGUUCCGGAGAUAAUGGAUUGGGUGUGAUAGGAAGUAGUUCUAGUGGAGAAACUAGCAGAAGUUUGAGUGGAUCUGAGGAAGCUAGUGGGAGCAGCAGUGGAGGAAUAACGGGAAAUUUAGAAGAUUUGCUCCCAGGAACAUCGAAAUCAUCCAAUAACGUCUUCAUCAGCUCUCUAAGGCAGAGAAGACUGCGUAUUGUGCAGGAUCUGAGUGACGAAGAUGAAACCUAAUCAAGAUAUCCCCCCCCCCCCCCACUAUCCCUUGUCUGAAUUUAGUCGAAUUUCCUAGAUGGGAUAUAUUGGAUUUAUCUAUCCCACUACAAUUUGGUACACAUCAUGGAACAUGGAGUCAUUCAUAUUUGUCUCUGUUUCACAGAAAAUUCAGGGGAAAUUAUUUUGGAACUAAUGUCCCCUGAAAAUUGAAAUUAAACAUAAUCGAUCUGUAGUAAAGUUUUGUCCUCUAAAUACUGUUGAAGUGUUAAUUACUGUGAUGAGGUUUGAACUGGCUGUGAAGUAUAAAGAACUACCUACGUGCUGUGAGUUAGCUAAACCACAGCAGAAACCAACAAGAAAUUUCUAUCAGUUUUCCUCUAGUUAAACCUUAGUCCUAGUUCAGUUGAAAAUAUAUUAAGUGAUAUUUGCUGAAAUAAUAUACAGGGUG